AUGGGUGAUUCGUGGCUAGAUGUGUUUGCCGCAAAAACGACCGCAUAUCAUGAGAUUGAAAACAAUCACCCGACUAAUGGCUUGUCGGAUAGAGAAAAGAAGCGAGUUGCAGCAGAAGUCGAAGGACUUCAAGAAGAAUUUCAGGACGAGUUUGUAAAGCUGUUCUGCGCUGCUGGAUUGUUGCACAACUGUGAUCGUGCACGAUACCAGCCGGUACUUGAUCAUUUUGUUACUGCAUACGCUGUGGAGCACGUGGAUUAUGCCCAGCGAGAUUUGUUCCCGAGAGAUGUGGAAACUGCAGCCAAGGCGCUACACAACCAUCGGGUAAAGAAAACAACAACACCGAAACACAACAACAACAACAACACAAAUGAAAAAACGAACACACCACAGAACGGUACCAACCUUGCACAGGAUUACAGUAAGGGGAGUAAGCGUAAAUGUUUUUGCUGUGGUAAGGCGGAUCAUGUUGCACCACGAUGUGAACAUCGAUUCCGACCCAAGGAACAAUGGAAAGAUCCGACAAAGUGGAGAUUGUAUCCCAGGACAGAAGCGGGACGCGAACAGGUACACCUGCAGACAAGCACCGAGGAGGGAUCUGUGCAGUCAAGUGUUACAGCAAACACCGCAGGUACACCCGCCAACAAUGAUGGCGGGAUUUCUCAGCAGAACCAUAUGCAGACUGGUUCGGCUGACAGGAGUGGUGGACCACAGCCUCGAAAGCAGAAGAUUGGCAUUCAGGGGUGGAAUAUGGCGCAGUUUGGCGGACGGAAGAGAGAACCGCAGCCUAUUUUAAGACCUUCAAGAUUUGGGGCGUCACCACCACACGACGUAAUGGCAAACUGGCAGGUACAAUUGGAUGCUGUCAGGGCAGCCGAAGAGGACAUAAGUGUUGCAAGUACACAGAGCUCCAACGUACAGGUUGGCAGGGAAGUAGCUGUGAUGCAUUCCCAAGCUCA